UUGCAUAUAAAUAAAAGCUAGCCUAGUGCUUCAGUUGCAGCAUGUGGGAAUAGUGACAUAGAAAACAAUAUGGGGAGAGCUCCUUGCUGUGAGAAAAUGGGGUUGAAGAAAGGAACAUGGACUCCAGAGGAAGAUCAGAUUCUCAUGGAUCAUAUCAACACACAUGGUCACAAAAAUUGGCGAGCUCUACCCAAACUAGCUGGGCUGUUGAGGUGUGGAAAGAGUUGCAGACUCCGGUGGAUGAAUUAUUUGAGGCCAGAAAUUAAACGGGGCAACUUUACUAAGGAAGAAGAGGAACUGAUAAUCCAGUUGCAUGAAACAUUGGGAAACAGAUGGUCAGCAAUAGCAGCAACAUUACCUGGACGCACAGACAACGAAAUUAAGAAUGUGUGGCACACCCACUUGAAGAAGAGGCUGCCCCAAGACACAAAAACCAAACACAAAAAACGAAGUGCAAAACAAAACUCAUCCUUGAACCCCCAAAUCACAGAGGAAAAGGAGAAGCCACUAUUGUCUCCACCUCACUGUGUAAGUAGUGAUGUCUCAACCCUCACCACCACUGCUACUAGUGACACCAAUGAUGCUAUUCAUGUGCCCAUCAAUAGAGGUGCUGCUGAAUCGCUCGACGAUGAUUUCUGGUCUCAAGUUCUGUCAUCUUAUAAUUCCGAUGAGACCACAAGUUUUCCACCCAAUUCAUCAAGUGUGUACCAUAAUGUGGACUUUUGGUAUGAUGUUUACAUGGGAGCGCAAGAUUUGCCAUACUUUUGAUGUUGGUCAUAUAAACAAGAUACUUGAGUUAGGGUUUAACUAGUUUGUUGGAUGAUGUAUGCAAAAACUCUUCCAACUAGCUGUGGAUUGGAGAUACCUAUAUAAAAAAUAAUAAUUAAUUUAUUAGUUAUAAAUAUAUGUUAGUUUGUUAGCAUAUUUUUUUGGUGACAAAGUUUGUUAGAAUAUAAU